AUUUAGAAUUGAAAAUAAAAUAUUUAUAUAAAAAUAAAUGAAAACAAAAAUCUGCGCGGUUGCGCGGAUCGAAAUCUAAUGAUGAUGUUAUAGUAAUAAUAAUGAUGAUGUUGACAUGAUUAUGGUGGUGAAGUUAUAGCGACGAUGAUGAUAAUGGUAUAACGGUACCAAUUCAUUAAGUUCAAAAUUAACUCAUAUGGUGCUAAUGUGUAUGUUUUAUUGAAUUUUUGUCACUUUUUCACUCAAUUUUUUUUUUUGGGUUUAGUUAUGUAAACCAUUGAUAUAUAUAUACCUUUAACGUAAGCAUUGAUAUAAAAUGAUAUUCUCUGUUUUAUAAUAUAAGUAGUUUUAUCAAAAAAAAAUUGUUUCACAAUAUAAGUAGUUUUAACUUUUCAAUGAAACUUUUAUAUUUAUUAUAUAUUGUAUGACCAAUUAAAUUAUGUAUUUUUUUAUAAUUGGUUGAAAUUAUAUAUUAAAUGUUAUUUUUUAAUAAGUAACCACUUUCUUAAUAUUGAUUAUUUUAGCUUAAAACUAUUUACAAUUUGAAACUACAAAAUAGAUAAGAUUUCAUAAAUAAUUGACUCUUUUAAUAGGUAUUUACAUUUUUUUAUGCGCAUUACUCGAGGCUUAUAAAGUUAUAAUACACCAAUAUGCAUAUAUAUAGGCUCAUAGCUUUACGAUUCAUUCGCUCUCUCUCAACUCUUUCAUCUUCCCUCAGAAUCUUCUUACGAGAAAACAGCCACGCAGCAAAGAAGGUAAGACGAUGUUCACGUUGGAGAGCUCCGACGGUUUCUUAUUUGUGGUUGACGAAGCGGUCGUACUUCAAUCAGUGAUACUGUCGCCUAUGGUUCAAGAUUGCGCCGGUCGUGAAUACCCGAUCACCAACGUCACAGGCAAAAUCCUCAAGUUAGUGAUUGAAUACUGCAAGAAUCACGUCGUCGUCGACGGUGGCGAUUCUUCUUCCUCCUCCGGUGAUGCUCUCAAGAAGUGGGACGAUAAGUUCAUCACGCAAAUGGAUCUGUCCACGGUCUACGAUCUCCUCAUGGCUGCGAACUACCUAAGCAUCAAAGGUCUUUUUGAUCUCGCUUGCCAGAGAGUCGCUGACGUGAUCGCUGCAUGCAAAGACCAUAAGGAGAUUCGUGCAAUGUUCGGCCUCGUGAACGACUUCACAGCAGAGGAGGAAGCAGAGGUUCUCAAGGAGAACGAGUGGGCUUUUGAUUGAUGAAUGAAUGAGCGGGUUAAUCUAAACCCCUAGCUACUCUUUCUUUUCGAAUCUUUGUGUUUACGGAUCUUUAGAUCGAUAAUAGUUGAACAUGGCUUUCUUGUUUUUGAUUUUGAUAAUAUCAACAGUGUUCUUGAUCGAUAUUAGAUGAACAGAAAGUCUUAUAAAGUAAGUUGUUGUUGAUCGUAUGAGUUUAUGCUUUCUGAAUUGGGUUUCAAAGUCUCGGACUAUAGUAGAAUCGUUACAUCGAUAACCAUGAGAACAAGAGAGUUGUGUUCACUAAACAAGACUCGUCUUUGGCUUGCAGAACAAGAAAAGGCAAUUCUUGAUUAAUCUUAAACAAGAUCAAGAAAACAGAGGAUGAUGAUAAACUUCAUAUAUCUAGAAGAAGUUUUUGUAUGUGAAGCUUGUGUUUUAAGAAAUCUUCUGUCAAUGAUCUCUUUCUCUAUUAGUUCUGACUCACCGCCAUUGCUCUCUGGUACCAAGGUUUUCUGUUUGACAAUACAGUUACGUCACACUAACGCAUCCUCUUUCGGUGAUUAGUAUAAAUUAAACCCUUAAUAUUAAUUAAUUAAUUACAUGUAAAAAAUUUGUUUUUCUUCUACCAAGCGAGUACAAAAUGUAAAUGGAGAAGCUAACUGAUUUUAAACCUCCUUAAAUGGUGUAAUUAAUUAGAUUUCCAAUUUUGGGUUAGUGAAA